AUGAAUACAAGUACACAUUCGACUGCUAGCAGUUCAAAAGGUUCACCAAGUGAUAAUCUUGGUGUCGAUGACAGCAACAGUAAAGAUACCAGUUCGUCGAAUUGCGUACAAGAAGACGAUGAUGACUCAUUUACGAUUCGUAGUCGAAAAUCUUAUCCACAACGAGUGAACCGACCAAAACUAAACUAUCGCGAUCUUGAGCGAGGUAUGUACGAUGCGCAUGAACUUCGCCAGUCAAGUUGGGCACUUGGCGGCCCAACGUUUCUGAAUAGAAACAAUCGAACUGGUAAAAAUACUACGAAUUACAGUGAUGAUGAGAACGACGACGAUGACAACGAUCAAGAUAUGCCCGCUGAUGACGAUGAAAACGAAGAAAUGUUUAAUGAAAAGAAAAGUAAAUCAAACGAUGAUACCGAUCAAAAACAUCGUCGUCUUUGGUGCAUAUGUAAAAAACCAUGGGAUCAUUCCCGACUUAUGUUACGAUGUGAUUCGUGUGCCAAUUGGUAUCAUGGAGAUUGCAUUGGUGUAACAAAAGAACAAGCAAGAGUAUUGGAUAUGAACGGCGAUCAAUUUGUUUGUCCGCCAUGUCGUGGAGUAGCAUCUUCUAAUUCAGGAAUCAAAUCAGGACGCUCGUCUGAUGAAUCGCUGUUGAUUAAACGAAAGCGAAUCGAUGCUGUUUCGCCCAGUGAUCGCAAGGUCGGAGAAAGAAAUGGCAAUGUAAACGCUGCGAAAAACCUGACCCUUUCUGAGCCAUCAAAACGUCCCAAAACUGGAGUAUUCUUUCAGCGUGAUACAACGACCGAACCACAAAUUCAUUGUAUUGCCCAUGGCUGUAGCAAUUGGGCAAAAUCAAGUUGGGUCUAUUGUUCACCAGCUUGUAUUCGUCGUCAUAUCAAUGAUACACUUCAAGCUAUUCAACGCAGUAAAGGAACAGAUAAUGAGAAUCCACCAACUCGUGAAGAUAUUCUUUUGUAUCAAAGUCGAACCAAGAAAGUUCUGGAUCGAAAAUUGGUGCCUAAAGUCGAAGACCUAUGCACUUGGAUUAAUCAAAAUCCCUCGUAUGAAAUUGUUAAACCUGCUUUAAGACAGUCAAUUCUACUGACAGCAAACGAAUCCAAAUCGGCUAUACAACCUACUCUCGCACGUUCACCAUCAUUAAUCGCUCCAAAAACUCCUACAACACCAACAACGCCAACUUCGACAAAACCGAAACUUUCCUGGGUACCACUUGCACCAAAUACAAAAUCAAUGCCAAUUAAAAAAGCUCCCGUUCAACUCGGCAAACAAACAAGUAAUACACCCAGUUCACCAAGUGUUCCCAACUAUGCCGACAUUCGAACGAAAGUUCCUCAAGCGUUAUACGAUAAGAUAAUAGCGAGAUUGGAAAAAUCUGGUGAAAAAACAAUUUCAAACGAAGACAUUCACACGCUUACAAAUAAAAUCGAAGAAGAAAUGUAUCGCGUUUAUGGUAAAGUUGAUAAUUCUUAUAAGAAUAAAUUUCGAUCCCUUCUGGCCAAUAUCAGUAAUAUGAAUAAUAAUUUUUUCUAUAAACAUAUCCUAUCGAAAGAAGUCACAGCAAAACAAAUCGUAGCUAUGAAACCAGAAGAUAUGUUACCACCUGAGGAGAAAGAAAAACGCAAGGAUGAUUUUAACAAAGAAGUUCAAAUGAUUAUGAAAGCUGAAGAACAAACAGCCGAAGAAAUGGCAAGACGAGCUCGAACAAAACUCACACGGCAAGGCAUUGUCGAUAAUGACUCAGUUUUAACAAUGUUAAAAGAAAAAGAACAAAUAAUAGGCCAAGAGAAAACUAAUAAAAGCACCGAAGCUAAACCGGUUCAAACAUCUGAAGUUAGUCGCGGGCAUAAAAAAGCUGAAAAUAAUUCCAAUGUCAAAUCGAUUCCAAAGGCAAAAAAACCGACGACGUCCACAACAGAUCAAAAACCUGCACUCAAGCCUAAACCAAAACCUAACCCUAUAGUUUCCACAUCUACUGAUGAUACAAAGUCAGCAUCUAGUGAUCAGCCAGUCAAUGUCAGUUCAACAGAAUCAAAAGCGUCAUCACCAAAACGCAUAAUUCCAACAGAAGCAAUACCCCAGCCUAUGGAACCAUUACUAAUGGCAAAGCAAGUAGAUCAACAAUCACCGGCAUCACCAAUUCGUGAAGAAUCACAAAGAUCACCACCACUAUCAACAUUCAUGCCUGUUGAUAUUGACAAUGAUUAUAUCGAGCCAGAGAGUCCAACUGGUAUCGAUGCUUUACUCUACGAUGAUGAUGAUGAUUUGAAUAAUGUUGCCACCCACUCUCGUCCUUCCAUAAAUCAUCAACUUUCCGAAUCGUCCGGUGACAACACUGACUACGCACCAUCAGUACCAGCAUCAGUUCGUAAUGAUUAUAAUCCUUUGACUGCAUCGAAACCAAAAACAGAAUCAUCAUCAGCGUAUCUACCGACACCCAUCGCUCGUCCAUCCAGUGUCAACACUCAAUGGCGUGGUGUUAUUCUUCCAACUGACGCAAAAAUUCCAUGUCAAUCUACACAAAUAUAUGGUGAUAGUGAAUAUCUCAUUGCUGACAUUCCUGAACAGCUUGGUGUUCUUGGCCGCCUACGACUGGGUGAUCUUUGGGAUUAUGUCCGUGAUUCACUUCCUGUACGCGAUGUCGUCAUUCUUACACUUGUUUCGUCCAAUAAUAAUGAAAAUCAAGCGUUUUCACGCUACGUUGAGUUCAUGCGUGCAUCUGGUCGUGCCACAGUGAUCAACAAACGAUCAGAACCAACAGUCAUUCGUGAUAUGUACGUCCUACCAGCUGAUACAAAAGAUUGCUCAUCAAAUGUUCUCGAAACAUUCUCACUACCAAAAAGUGUUGAUUUGCAACAACUAUUUCUUGUUGUCAUUGGUGUUGGAAAGAAAUCCAGCAAGUCUGCCAGUCGUUCAAAUGAGAUUCAUUCAAUGAGCAAUCUCACUUAUAAACCAGUGGCUUUGCAAGAUCCAGCAUCGCAACGAGAUCCUCGAUUGCUCAGGCACAAAGAUCCACGCUUAGCGACAAACACCUCAGCAGAACCAACAACAAAUAUUGCCGAAAAUACUAGUCCUCCAACAUUGCAAUCGUCAAGUAUUGAUCGUAUGAAUCAAAUACCACCGAGACCUUCUGCUAAUGACAUGAACAAACUUAUCUUCGAAUCUUUUGAGCGAAUACGACAAUCGACGUCACUCGAUGCUAUUCAAUCGAUAACUCUCUCGACUAUUGAGUUGUUGAAUUCUUCUGGACAUGCAGAUCUAAGCGCAAGAUUUGCGAAAGAUCUUCCAGCAGUUAUAGCACAAUGGCAAACUACAAAAGAUUCCGCUGCCAAUACUUCUGCAACAUCGGAUGAUAAUCUUAACGAAGAAAACAUGGAAGUGGACGAUGAACAAGAUGAUAAAAACAAAAAACAAUCAUCAUCUAUCAGCGAAUUUAACGAUGUUGAUUAUCGGUUUCUUGAUCCGGAAGAUGUAGAUCAUCGCAUGGAAACAACGAACUAUUCGGCCACUGGCCAACAAGAUCCGAUGAUUAAAUCCCAUUUCCCUAGUUUAUUUCGUACUCAUAUUGAUGCCGACGAUCGAUCGUCAACAUCUCACUUGUCAUCAGAAGAUCGAAAGAGAGUUAAUUCUUAA